UGAUAUUUGUUAUUUUUAUCGACACAGCCACAUGGGCUUAGUUGCAUUCUAUAAACAAUGAGUAGCCUGAACAAUAAAGUCCCACCAUUGCCACCGUUGGUGCCCAUAUCCACAAAAUUGAGUAAAACCAAUGCUAACGAUGUUGCCCAACGUGAGAAUACGUCGGUGAAAAGACCGUUGCCACUAUUGAUACCGUUGGCAAGCAAAGCACCUCUAAAGCGGGGCGUUAACAAAGCUCUGGACGAGCCCGUUGUCAUAAUGCCAGCAGAGGAGCUAUUAUUAUCCCUGGAACCACAAGUGAAAGAGGAUGCAUUCGCGGAGCAAAGGUUGGUCAUUGAUUUGGCCGAACUUGAAACCCUUGAGGAGGCGAUGCACACCGAAGAAAUAGUUGUGGAAGCGCAGCCUCCAGCGGAACCACCAGCAGAGCCACCAACAGACCCACCAGAAGAGCCAGCUUCAGCUUCCAUUGAGUUGCCCGUGACUACAGGCAAGCAAUGCGGACACUGCGAUUCUCGAUUGUCUAAUCUGGCGGAGCUUAAGUGCCAUGAGACACAUAAGCAUGGCAUCAAGCAUUUUUGGACUCGAACCCUUGAAAAAUACUCGAGUGUCAAUUUUGUGUUCGUCUGUGACAUUUGCCGCAUGCUGCUGCCCAAUCUGAAGGCGUUGACUGCUCACAAAAAAAAUCAUGCUCCACCUAAAGUGCAGUAUGUAAGAAAAUGCUAUAUGUGCAUUAAGUAUUUUUAUAGUCGAACGGCAUGGGAGAAGCACUGCAGCACCCAUAAGCCAGACGAUCCAAUAAAUAGAGUCACAAAAUGUCCAAUAUGCAAUAAGGAAAAUGUAAGAAAUAUGAUUUUGCACAUGCGCUCACACUCAACUGAUAGAAGGAUCCUUUGUAAUGAGUGUGGCAUGACUAUGAAGAAUAGCGUAUCCUUUCGCCAGCACCAAGAACGACAUUUGAAAGAGCUUAAAUAUAAAUGUGAUGACUGUCCCCGUCGAUUUGUUGCAAAAGGCGAUUUGUACUCGCACCGCAUGAGCGUCCAUAUACCUCACAAACAUGUUUGCACCGAUUGCAAUAGGACCUUUCCUAGACCAAAUAUGCUGCGCAAGCAUAACGAAUUCUAUCAUUCAGACGAUCAUCCGCCUUACAAUUGUGAUCGUUGUGACAAAAGCUUCGACAGACGCAGCAGCCUCGUGUUUCAUAGACGCCAACACAGGGGCAUAAAGCCAAAGACACAAAGACGUAAUGAUCCCUACUUAAGGGCAUCUACAAUAGCUAAUGAGUAAUAUAUUUUAAUGUAAGAUUCCUUUUGUACAAGUUAUAAGAUUGCUAAGUAUAUUUUCAAUGAAAUGAAAAUCGUUAUUUUAGUUUUAAAUACUAUUGAUGCUGUUUAAGCA